GGUUGGGGUCCGGGUUUGGGCACAGAAUCUGUAGCAACUCCAGGAUCUAAAUAUAUCGAUGAACUCAAACACUACUGUCGCCAAGGCUUCGCUGACAUCGAGCUUCGCGGAGCCCCUUAACCCCUAAAUCUCGUCGAAGAUGAGACGUCAUCUGAAGCGGGGCAUUUGUGGAAAAUAUGGCCCACCAAACACGAGAUGCUCCUCUCUUACCCCGCAGGACCAAGAGAAACCUGACUCGGUCAUCUCAAGCUUCAUCUUAUUAAUACCCUGGGUGAUAUCCCUCGAGUGUACAGGAAACCAAUCUCAGCAACGGCAGCCGACAACGCACCCGGUAUUCGCCAUCAACCACCUCAAACAUGGCCUCCCGAAAGCAAUUCAAUGUCGGCAUCGUAGGCUACGGCCUCUCCGCCAAAGUCUUCCACAUCCCCUUCAUCGCCCUCACACCCUCCCUCAACCUGCACUCUAUCCUGCAACGCAACCCCUCCCAAGGCAACUCGGCCCCGGCAGACCACCCCAACGUGACGCACCACACCGCCCUUGAGCCCUUCCUCGCCGACCCGGCCCUCGACAUCGUCGUCCUCUGCACCCCGCCCAACACGCACUACCCUUUCGCGCGCGCCGCCCUCGAGGCGGGCAAGCACGUGCUCGUCGAGAAGCCGUUCGUCCCCACCUCGGCCGAGGCCGACGCCCUUGCCGAGUUGGCGCGCGCCAAAGGGCGCGUGUUGUGUGUGUACCAGAACCGGAGGUGGGAUUCGGAUUUCCUGACGGUGCGCAAACUGAUUGCCGACGGCACGCUCGGGAGGGUCGUCGAGUUGGAGACGCACUUUGAUCGGCUGCGGAUUCAGCCUCCGGUUGGCAGCUGGAAGGCUGGGAUGGGCAUGAAGGAGGGUGGCGGGGCGUUGUUUGAUUUGGGAACGCACCUGUUGGAUCAGGUAUUUGUUUUGUUUGGCAUGCCGAGUGGUGUGUAUGCGAAGUUUGUGAGGCAGCGCGAGGGGAGGUUGGUUAAGGGACAAGGGGAGGCGCUGGAUGAGCCGGACAGUGUUACCCUGGUGUUAAGUUAUGAGGAGACUGGCGUGGUGGUGUAUGUGAGGAUUGGCGUCGUGAGUGUGGAGUCGAAGCAGGUGAGGUUCUGGGUCAGGGGAAGCAAGGGGAGCUAUCACAAGACGGGGCUGGAUCCGCAGGAGGAUCAGCUUAGGGUCGGUGGCAAAGCGACGGAUGCGCAGUUUGGGAGGGAGGAUGAGUCGAGGUUUGGGCGCUUGUCACUUCUGGGGGAAAACGGGUCGGUUGAGGACCACGUCUGCCCAACUGUCGAACCAGAGACGUACCUCAAGUUCUACGAGCUGUUUGCCAAGGCGGUCGAGAACGGAAAGGAGGAGGACAUCCCUGUGCCGGCGACGCAGGCCGCCCAGGUACUGAGGAUUAUUGAGGCCGCCAGAGAGAGUGCAAAGACAGGGAGGGAGGUGGCGCCCUGAUUAAUGGGAGCAACUGAAGUCUAAUAUGAAUACUGAUACCAAGGUAUAUUCAAGUCUGGCAACCAGCUGUAGGGAGCAACAUUACUUCGUUGUUGAGUAAUAAGCCAGGAUAAUCAUACCUACCCGGGUCUGAGCCAUCCAGACGCUCGGCGUCUUGCAACCCGGUGCCCGCGUCUAGCUUUCUGGCUUUUUAGUAGGUGCAUGAUAUACUGACACUCGCUC